AGUUAAUCUUAGGGCUCAGUACCACAACAUAAAACGAGCAAAAUCCAGGGAGAGAGGCACGGCUAGAGUCACCAUGGGUCGCAUGCACAGUAGAGGCUAAGCUGUACGACAUGAUGAUAGUUGUACUGGGACUGAUUCUGAGUGUGUUAUUGGGACUUCUAAUUUUGAUCCCGCGAGACCGUAAAUCUGGUCUUUCGAAAAAAGUUGAGUCAAAUGCUAGCAAUAAGAAGGCAUCCAAAAUCUACAGUAAAGCUGAAGUCUCUUUGCAUAACAAGAAAACUGAUUGCUGGAUCAUCAUCAAGGACAAGGUUUUUGAUGUUACAUCAUACGUAGAGGAACAUCCAGGUGGUGAUGCCAUCUUAGCACAUGCUGGCGAUGAUUCAACCGAAGGGUUUUAUGGGCCACAACAUGCAACCCGAGUCUUUGACAUGAUUGAAGACUUUUACAUUGGAGAUCUGGAGGCUUAGUUAGUUACAGCUAUUGUUUUGUAAAAUUGACAAGAGGAACAGUUUCUUCCUUCAUUGCCCAAUUUGACAGAUCUUAGUCUUAGAGCAGUAGUUAAUUACUGCCAUUCAUUGGUUUGUGCUUUCCGAA